CGGGUCUACCCAGAGCAAAUGGGGUGGGGUCAUUGCAUCUGUGGCUGCGCACGGCAGGAUUCCAGCCCAGAGCAGACCGGACCAGGGGGAAUGCUCAGAGGCAAAGUGCCCUCUAGAAGGCUCCUUGAGUGCCCCCACCCGAACGGCUCCAACAAAACCUUAAGCCCUGCGUCCGCUCCUCCCACCCCUUCCUCCGGAGGUCCUCCCCGCCAGUUCCAGCAGUGGCCUGUACACAUUUUCCGAUUUCCUGUGAACCUCCGCCCAGCAGCGGCAGCUGGGUGACUCAGGACCCCAGUGGCCCCGGCCCCCUGCUCCAUGGGAUCUUUGUUUGCUCAGGCCCUUUGGCUCUGGCCCUCUGGCCUAGGGCCCUCAGAGGAUUUCCUGAGCCCCGCCCCUGCCCUCUGACAGCCAGGCCAGAGGGCCAGCCAAGGCCUGGGGUGGGGGGUUCCCUCAGGCUGGGGUGGCACCCCUCACACUGGGCUCAGAAGAUGGAGAGCCGAGAGUCUGGGGCCGACCGGCGGCCCCCAGAGGAUGAGAAAGAGGCGAUCCGCCGGGCCAUCCAGAAGGAGCUGAAAAUCAAGGAGGGUGUAGAGAACCUGCGGAGGGUGACCACGGACCGCCGCCACCUGGGCCACGUACAGCAGCUGCUGCGCGCCUCGAACCGCCGCCUGGAGCAGCUGCACGGAGAGCUGAGGGCGCUGCACGCGCGCAUCCUGCUGCCUGGCCCUGGGCCUGGCCUGGCUGGCACCGAACCUGCGGCCCCAGGACCCCAGCCACCUGCAGAGCAGCCCAGGGCUCGGCACCUGGAGGCUCUACAGAGGCAGCUGCAGGUAGAGCUGAAGGUGAAGCAGGGGGCGGAGAACAUGACGCACACGUAUGCCAGUGGCACGCCCAAGGAGAGGAAGCUGCUGGCAGCUGCCCAGCAGAUGCUGCAGGACAGCCAGCUGAAGGUGGCCCUGCUGCGAAUGAAGAUCAGCAGCCUGGAAGCCAGCGGGUCCCCUGAGCCAGGUCCUGAGCUGCUGGCAGAAGAGCUAAGGCAUCGACUGCACAUCGAGGCUGCUGUGGCCGAGGGUGCCAAAAAUGUGGUGAAGCUGCUGGGUGGCCGGCGGACACAAGACCGGAAGGCGCUGGCUGAGGCUCAGGCACAGCUCCAGGAGUCCUCCCAGAAACUGGAUCUCCUGCGGCUGGCCUUGGAGCAGCUGCUGGAGGGAUUGCCUCUUGGUGACCCUCUGCGUGGCAGAGUGGCCCGGGAGCUGCGCACUGCAGUGUCUGGGAACCCCCAGCCUUCGGGGGUGCUCGUGAAGCCCACCGCCGUGACAGGGUCGCUGGAGGUCCGCCUCCUGGGCUGUGAGCAGCUGCUGACAGCUGUCCCUGGACGCUCCCCGGCGGCUGCGCUGGCCGGGAGCCCCUCGCAGGGCUGGCUUCGGGGCAGGGCCAAGAAGGAGCGUGGUGGAGGAGACCUGGCCAGUGAGGUGCUGGCUGUGCUGAAGGUGGACAAUCGUGUCGUGGGCCAGACAGGCUGGGGGCCGGUCUCCAAGCAGUCCUGGGACCAGACCUUUAUUGUCCCCCUGGAGCGGGCCCGGGAGCUGGAGAUUGGGGUGCACUGGCGGGACUGGCGGCAGCUGUGUGGUGUGGCCUUCCUGCGGCUGGAGGACUUCCUGGACAACGCUUGUCACCGGCUCUCCCUCAGUCUGGUGCCCCAGGGGCUGCUCUUUGCCCAGGUGACCUUCUGUGACCCUGUCAUUGAGAGGAGGCCCCGGCUGCAGAGGCAGAAACGCAUUUUCUCUAAACGCAGAGGUCAGGACUUUCUGAGGGCGUCCCAGAUGAAUCUCAACAUGGCGGCCUGGGGACGCUUGGUCAUGAAUCUACUGCCCCCCUGCAACUCCCCAAGCACGAUCAGCCCCCCCAAAGCGUGUCCCCAGACCCCAGCCAUGCCCCGGGCGGCUGCCAACCCUGCCUCACCCAGCAAUUUCCCACCCAAGAAGACCCCCUUAGGAGAAGAGUCAAGGCCCCCGCCCAAGCCCCCGCGCCUCUACCUGCCCCGGGAGCCAACCCCCGAGGAGAUACCGCGCACCAAACGCCCCCACAUGGAGCCUAGGACUCGACUCGGGCCAUCGCUUCCAGCCUCCGCCACCAGGAAACCCCCCCGGCUUCAGGACUUCCGCUGCUUGGCCGUGCUGGGCCGGGGACACUUCGGGAAGGUCCUCCUGGUCCAGUUCAAGGGGACGGGGAAAUACUAUGCCAUUAAAGCACUGAAGAAGCACGAGGUGCUGAGCCGAGACGAGAUGGAGAGCCUGUACUGCGAGAAGCGCAUCCUGGAGGCUGUGGGCCGCACGGGGCACCCCUUCCUGCUGUCCCUCCUUGCCUGCUUCCAGACCGCCAGCCACGCCUGCUUCGUGACCGAGUUUGCGCCCGGUGGUGACCUCAUGAUGCAGAUCCAUGAGGAUGUCUUCCCUGAGCCCCAGGCGCGGUUCUACCUAGCCUGUGUGGUCCUUGGGUUGCAGUUCUUACAUGAGAAGAAGAUCAUUUAUAGGGACCUUAAGUUGGACAACCUUCUGCUGGACGCCCAGGGUUUCCUGAAGAUCGCGGACUUCGGGCUGUGUAAGGAAGGGAUCGGCUUCGGGGACCGGACAAGCACCUUCUGCGGCACCCCGGAGUUCCUGGCCCCGGAAGUGCUGACCCAGGAGGCCUACACACGGGCUGUGGACUGGUGGGGGCUGGGUGUGCUGCUCUAUGAGAUGCUGGUGGGCGAGUGCCCGUUCCCUGGGGACACUGAGGAGGAGGUAUUUGACUGCAUUGUCAACGCGGACGCCCCGUAUCCCCGCUUUCUGUCGGUGCAAGGGCUCGAGCUCAUUCAGAAGCUCCUCCAGAAGUGCCCGGAGCAGCGCCUCGGGGCAGGGGAGCGGGAUGCUGAGGAGAUCAAGACCCAGCCUUUCUUCAGGCUCUGCCCUUGCCCCCAGACCACUGACUGGCAGGCCCUGCUCGCCCGCACCGUCCAGCCCCCAUUUCUGCCCACCCUCCGUGGCCCUACGGACCUGCGGUACUUCGAGGGCGAGUUCACGGGACUGCCACCAGCCCUGACCCCGCCUGACCCCCGCCGUCCCCUGACGGCACACCAGCAGGCUGCCUUCCGGGACUUCGACUUUGUGUCCGAGGGAUUCCUGGGGCCCUGACGGCCUCUCUGGUGCGUCCACCCCGUCUGCCCAGCCGCGAGCCCCGCCCUGGAGGCCCAGGCCUUGCCAGGUUAUUUGUGGGCCUUGGAUCUCCAAGUGGCAGCUGCGGGGCUGCUGUGGGGGGGCUUUGCUCAGUCACUGGGCAGCGUCCCCUUCACCCCCACCUCCUGGGAGGCCUGGACCAGAAAGAGUGGCACAGCAAGAGGGAGUUUGGUUUGUUUUUUUAAUAUUUGACUUGCUUUAUGGAUGAUUAAACUUAUAAAAUGGUG